AGAAGAAACGUAUUGUUUCGAUCAAAUUAUCAUAGUUUUAAAUACCGCCAAAGCAAUGUGUUUCGUAAUGGUUGGUUGUAAAUAUGUAGCUAACGCCUAUCCAAGGCAGUUUAUAAUGACGGCACAUCCAGCUGGUGUGGGAUUGGUUUUGUCGGGCACCGCCUUCUUUACAUCGGUGGAAAUGUUUUAUGUGGUGCCCAUGAUCUUCGACCCCAAUGGACUGAUGUACAAGCUCGCCUGGUUGGUGGCCAUAUUCAUAGUCUACAAUAUCCUGGGAAAUAUGCUAGCCUGUCACCGCACGAGCUCUUCGGUGGCCAGUCUGCCCAAGGAUCGCCAGAUUCCAAUUCCGGAAGAAAAGCACCUGUGGGAGCACUGCGACCACUGCCAAAUGCUAGUGCCGCCCAGAUCCUGGCACUGCAAUUUGUGCAGAUGCUGCAUCUUAAGGCGAGACCACCACUGCAUCUUCACAGCCUCUUGCAUCGGGCAUAAUAAUUACAGGUACUUUUUCUGGUUCACAGUCUAUAUGACUAUUGGAACAGUCCUGGCAUUGGCAACCUAUUUGCUACUGCUCAUAAUUAAUGAAGAAAUACGGAGGAAGUAUAUGCUUUUUCACUUUUUUCAACUUUAUCCAAGUUUUUUAACAAGUGGGAUAGAUCUCCUGUGUGUUUUGGUUAAUGUAUUAUUUGUCCUCAACGUAUAUGCCUUUAUUUUUCCCCUCAUGAUGAUAGCCUUUCAAAUACCGACUUUAUAUCUAAAUACCACAUUCUAUACAUCAAAAGAUCUUAGAUACAAUCUGGGCUUUCGAGAGAACUUCAAGUGUUUGAUGGGAACACGCGGCCUCUGGACUUUUUUAUCACCCGCCAUCAAGAGUCCCCUUUUGCACGAUGGAACUAAAUGGGAAACUAAGCAGCCAAUUGUUAGCAUUUGCUAAUUAUCCCCAAAUGGAAUAACAAGAAUAAUAAAUUAUUACUAGUAAAAGAAAUUUAAGUUCUUUAGAAUCU